AUGAGUUUAUUUGCAAAUUCUUUUCGUAAGACAUCACAACAAAUGCAAGAGAAUGAUUCUAUUAAAGUAUACUACAAAACAGAUAUGAAAUAAUAUAUUAAAGUAAAGUAUAACAGAGGAACUACUGUUGGUAUGAUUAUUGAUGAAUUGAUAAAAGAGCUUAAUAUGAAUGGUAUAUAAAUGCAAUUAAAUCAGGGAAGUUAUAAUAUUCAAUUUAUUUACUUACACACAAGAAAAAUGAGCUAACACUUUUAGGUGUAAGUAUAAAUAGAAGGUUACGUAGAAAUGAAUAACCAUCUAGAAUUUUAUUUUUAACAAAGGCAUACAAAUUUUCAUUUUAUCUUGAUUAUAUGUUAAGCUAAUUAAGUUAAAAUAUUUGUUAUUUAAAUCAAAAUUAGAAUGAGAAUAAAUAAUUAACUAAAUAUGAUAAGGAAUUCAAAAUAUAAAAGUUUACAAAAAAUGGAAGUUCAAAAUAAAUGAAAAUUAAAAUAAAUUCUUAAGGAGCAGUUUUAUGCUAAGAAGGAAGUACUUUAGAGUAUUUUAAUUAGAUAAGAAAUGGAAAAAUAAAUUUAGUACACUGAUUGUAAAUUUGAUUUUGAAGAAGACUUAGUAUUUACAAUCACAAAAGAUAAAGUAAACAUUUAUAGGGCAGCUAAUAAAAAGGAAUUUUCUGCAAUGUAAGAAUAUAUAUAAUGUAGUAAUAAACUAAUAUCUCAAUAUACUAAGAAUUUUGAAAUGUAAUAUAAAAUGGGUUUAUAAGAUAAUACAAUUUAAUAUUGUACUAAAUAAAUGAUGAAUUGUAUAGAAUUUAAUUGUUAUGAAUUUACAUAAUCUAAAUAAAUGAUGAAGGAAAAUUCAAAUUAUUAAAGCUUUAUAGAUAUUUAUAAAAUAAUACAAGUAAAUAAGGAUAUUUAAGCAAUUGAAAAUGAUGAUCUUAAUAUUAAUAUUGAAUUGUACAAAGAGUCAAUCUUAGAUACAUUAACAAUAUUGCCAAGAGAAUAAUUUAGAAAAAGACUGAUAAUUUUUAAUUCUCAAUUCAAAUACACAGCUAGUUGUAAAAUAGAGGAUUAAAUUGAAUAACAUAACACGUUACUUUAACCUUUAGAUAGCAUUUUAACUAGUGAAGAAGAUAUUAGAAAAUUUAGUUAAUUAUUGUCAUGA